GCGUGGCGAAACGAGGAAGGACAGGACAGAGGCGGGGCGCGCGCGUCAGGAAGAUGGCGCUGCGUCUGCUGUGGAGAGCGCCACAUGGAACGCCGGCGGCGGCGCUGCCGAGGCUGAAACCAUUUCUGGCGGCUCAUCUGCGCAGGCUUGGAUAUAGUUCCUCAACCCAUCACAGGUACAUUCCACGGAGGGCCGUGCUCUAUGUACCUGGAAAUGAUGAAAAGAAAAUAAAGAAGAUUCCCUCCCUGAAUGUAGAUUGUGCAGUUCUCGACUGCGAGGAUGGUGUGGCAAUGAACAAAAAGAACGAAGCUCGACUGAGAAUAGUAAAAACUCUUGAAGACUUUGAUCUGGGCCCAACUGAAAAGUGUGUGAGAGUCAACUCGGUGUCCAGUGGUCUGGCCGAAGAGGACCUGGAGACCCUCCUGCAGUCCCGGGUCCUUCCCUCAAGCCUGAUGCUGCCCAAGGUGGAAGGUCCUGAAGAAAUCCAGUGGUUUUCAGACAAAUUUUCAUUCUACUUAAAAGGCCGAGAACUUGAACAGCCUAUGAAUUUAAUCCCUUUUGUGGAAACUGCAAUGGGCUUGCUCAAUUUUAAGGCCGUGUGUGAAGAAGCACUGAAGACCGGACCUCAAGUGGGUCUUUUCCUAGAUGCAGUCGUUUUUGGAGGAGAAGAUUUUCGGGCCAGCAUAGGUGCAACGAGUAGUAAAGAUACCCAAGAUACCCUGUACGCCCGACAGAAGAUUAUCGUUACAGCGAAGGCCUUUGGUCUGCAGGCCAUAGAUCUGGUAUACAUUGACUUUCGAGAUGGAGAGGGGCUCCUCAGGCAGUCGAGGGAAGGAGCUGCGAUGGGAUUUACUGGUAAGCAGGUGAUACACCCUAACCAAAUUGCGGUGGUACAGGAACAGUUUUCUCCUUCCCCUGAAAAAAUUAAGUGGGCUGAAGAACUGAUCGCUGCCUUUAAAGAACAUCAACAAUUAGGAAAGGGAGCCUUUACUUUCCAAGGGAGUAUGAUCGACAUGCCAUUACUGAAGCAAGCCCAGAACAUUGUUACGCUUGCCACAUCCAUCAAGGAAAAAUGAUCUGUUAAAUGAAGCUCUCAUCAGGUGGGCUGAACGUAUACAGUGGGUUUCUUAAAGACAAACCAUAAUACUCAAGGCAACUUGUUAGUAUGCCAGAUUGGAACCUUUCUCCCAUUUACAGUUCAUGUUAAUCACAAUUUGUGUGUGUGUGUUAUCUCACUGGCCAGUUAUCCCUCUAAAAAUGAACUUCCUCCUUUUGGAUUCCAAGCUUAUGACUUUAUUGCUCAUUAAUGUGUUACAAAUAUGCACUUAUGAUUUCACAGGGAGAAAAAACAGUGGAGAGAGAUGGGCUGGGGGCAUGUUAGGUCUUUAAUGAAACAGAUCUUUCUCAAAUAUGUGCGCUCCUUUCACAUUUCUCACAUUAGAUGUUUCCCACAUUGUUCAUUACUCAACACUGUAAGUAAUUUUAAGGCCAGUCUUUAAAACUAGUGGUUAAAUGACGGGGUUCUGUUUAUUUCAGUAUAUAUCUGAUAAAACGAGAGAUGGCAUAGAAAAGUUAAGUAUCAGAUAGCUUCUGAAAAUAAAUCUUCAAAACUGAUUGCUCUUAACCACCUUCCAAAAUGAAACCUCCACCCAUUUGAACCAGGAGGUGAGAACUAUGAAAGCCCUCAUCCUGGGUGAAUGCUUUGGGUGAACAGUCACCAGCAAUUAAGAAAAAAAAAAAAAAAAUGCGCAGAGACACAAGACCAUCCAUUCUCUCCCUUAAUUUCCCCAUUUAACUGUUUUGCCAUUGAGGCCACUUCCCCCUGUAAAUGUAUGGCCGGGACAGGGCCCCCUCAGCAAUAAACUUGUAGCCUCUAAGAGGACACAAUGCAGCAGAGCUGGUGCAUAUGGUCCCCUGCGAGAUUUGCAUCACAUUAGAGAUGCUGCUGCAGGUCGUACGGGCGGUGUGGUUAACGGGCUUAGUAAAGCUGUUUUGAAGAGGUUAACCCAGCUUGUAGUAAGGGUAAAUAAACAUAACCACCAGCCAUUCUUCCCUAUUCAGCGUGUGCUCUUAUACCGAAGGCUAAAGGGUAUUGAAGCUGGAAAGGAUCAACUUGUGUUUGCCAGAGGACGCCAAUGAAAUUUGAAACACCAACAAUCAGAGAUUUUGUUUCUGCUCCUCAUUAAAUCAUGAGCUUUUGUGUUGAGA